GGGAGCAUCGGCCGGAGGAUUCCACUGUCAUACAUGUUCCUGGUGUGUGGACACGGCGGAGCGUUUCCUGCACUGGUGCAUGGUGGUCGAACAGGAGGAAUUGUUGGAAAUUUUCAGAGCAGCUAAAGCAUGCUCUUGGCCCAGAUAAACCGGGACUCGCAGGGAAUGGCAGAGUUUCACGAUGCAGACGGGCAGCCGGUCACCCUCUGUCUGACAGAGGCUGUGACUGUGGCAGAUGGUGAUCAGAUGGAGAGCAUGGACACAGUGAGCCUGCAGGCUGUAACCCUUGCAGAUGGAUCCACUGCAUACAUCCAGCACGACUCCAAAGCUUCCUUUUCAGAUGGACAGAUUAUGGACGGCCAGGUGAUCCAGCUGGAGGACGGCUCUGCUGCUUACGUUCAGCAUGUGUCAGUGCCUAAAGGAGGAGGGGACAGUUUACAGCUUGAAGAUGGUCAAGCAGUUCAGCUUGAAGAUGGAACAACAGCCUACAUUCACACACCCAAAGAUGCAUACGACCAGAGCGGCUUGCAGGAGGUGCAGCUGGAGGACGGCAGCACUGCCUACAUCCAGCACACAGUGCACAUGCCCCAGUCCAACACCAUCCUGGCCAUCCAGGCUGAUGGCACCAUCGCAGACCUGCAGACUGAGGCCGCAGCCAUAGACCCCGAGACCAUCAGUGUGCUGGAACAGUACACCACCAAGGUGGAGAAUAUAGAAAAUCCCCUGGGGUCCUUUGGCAGAGUGGAAGCAGACACUGGCGUCCACAUGCGGAUUGUGUUACAGGGUCAAGACAACAGGCCUGGGAGAGGCUCUAAUGUAGGAGAGAAGUCUUUCCGCUGUGAAUACGAUGGCUGUGGAAAACUUUACACCACUGCCCACCAUCUCAAGGUACACGAACGCUCCCACACCGGAGACAAACCAUACGUCUGUGACUAUAUCGGCUGUUUGAAGAAAUUUGCAACAGGGUAUGGACUGAAGAGUCACUCACGCACACACACAGGGGAGAAGCCAUAUCGAUGUCAAGAGCUGAACUGCUGCAAGUCCUUCAAAACCUCUGGAGACCUUCAGAAGCACACAAGGACUCAUACAGGAGAGAAGCCUUUCAAAUGUCCAGUCGAAGGCUGCGGCAGGUCCUUUACCACCUCCAACAUCCGCAAAGUUCACAUCCGAACACACACCGGGGAGCGGCCGUACUACUGCUCUGAGCCAACCUGUGGACGGUCAUUUGCCAGUGCCACCAACUACAAGAAUCAUAUGAGGAUACACACUGGAGAGAAACCAUAUGUGUGCACAGUGCCUGGCUGUGAAAAGCGCUUCACAGAAUACUCCAGCCUUUACAAACACCAUGUGGUUCAUACACCCUGCAAACCUUACAUCUGCAACCAUUGUGGGAAAACCUACAAGCAGAUCUCAACGCUCGCCAUGCACAAACGCACAGCGCACAACGAUACAGAACCCAUUGAAGAGGAACAGGAGGCCUACUUUGAACCCCCAACAGAUGCUAUUGAUGAUCCCAACGUCAGCUACACAGCAGCGGUGGUUGAGGCAGAAGACUCUGGUUCGGAGCAGGUUCCUGUGGAGACCUCAGACAUGAUUUGUCAGCAGCAUGUUGCCUUGGUAACGCAGGAGGAUGGUACACAACAGCAGGUCAGUAUCUCUGAAGCAGACUUGCAAGCAAUGGGUGGCACAAUCACCAUGGUAACCCAAGAAGGCACAACAAUAACUAUCCCAGCCCACGAAUUGGCAACGCAAGGUGCUCACUCAGUUACUAUGGUAACAACAGACGGCUCAGAUGAACAGGUGGCCAUCAUGACACCCGACAUGGCCACGUUUCAAACUGUGGAGGAGGCAGGCUACAGCCAAGAGCAGGACAGCAUUCAUCCUGUUACAUUACUGGCCACCUCCAACGGCACUCACAUCGCUGUGCAGCUCAGUGAUCAGCCGUCGCUGGAGGAAGCCAUCAGAAUAGCAUCAAGAAUACAGCAAGGGGAGUCGCCGGGUCUGGAUGAUUGAUGGACUAAUUAUGGACAAUGAUUUAGGAUCAAUACCAUCUCAUUUGGACUACAUCAACAAGAGAAAUCACAGGUCUUCCUCCAUGUUUAUCUGUUUUGUUUCUUUUUCACAAAAGGAUUUAGCUUUUACGUGUAAAUAGGAUUUUGAUAACUGGAGCUCUGCUAUGCUAUUUUGUCCCUCGACCUAAUAGAUGGGAGAGGGUAAAAUGCUUUCUAAUGUUUAUGGUGCACAGUGCACAGUGCAGUGUACAGCUAAUGCUAUUUCUAAUAAAAGAAAAAGUGUGUGAUUA